AUGCCAAAGGCCAAUGAGAUUGCACUUUGCACGAGACACUUUGACGAUUGCAGCAUGCAAAACACCAAAGUGACGAGGCAAAUCAACAAGUUUCUGCUGAAGAAUCUUCACCAGAAGAAGAAGUUUUCCGCGUACGGAUUCUUCGACAUUGACAACAGUGUUAUUUAUACGGUAUUUAGCUCCAUCGUAACUUAUUUAGUGAUUUUGAUUCAGUUUAAGCAGUUGGAAAAUGAUUUCACUAACCAAAAUGGAGGUGGUAACAACACGAGUUCAACAUAG